GCGGAAGCCAGUGAGAAGUGGGAGGUAGCCGGGCGCGCACUCUCGGGGACAGGAUCUAUAAAGGCAAGGCCCCACGACCCAACGCGCGCUUCUGCCCUUUUCUCUGUCCCAGAGAGGUAACCGUAGCACCUCCAACACCACGCUCCGCUUCGUGCCCGCCCCUUCCGCGUGCCUACGGCCUACCGCCACUUGCCGGGCCCGAAGAGAGACAUGCUGAGCCGUGCCCUGCUCUGUCUAGCCCUGGCCGUCACGGCUGGGGUCCGUGCUGAUUCCCCUGAGGAGGAGGAUGAUGUUCUGGUCUUGAAGAAGAGCAACUUCGAGAAGGCGCUGGCGACCUACGAGUACCUCUUGGUGGAGUUCUAUGCUCCUUGGUGUGGCCACUGUAAAGCCCUAGCACCUGAGUAUGCCAAAGCAGCUGGAAAACUUAAGGCUGAGGGUUCUAAAAUCAGAUUGGCCAAAGUAGAUGCCACUGAAGAGUCUGAUCUAGCACAGCAGUAUGGUGUUCGGGGUUACCCUACCAUCAAAUUCUUUAAGAAUGGAGAUACAGCUUCUCCUAAAGAGUAUACAGCUGGCAGAGAAGCUGAAGACAUCGUGAAUUGGCUGAAGAAACGCACUAGUCCAGCGGUCACUGUCCUGACAGAUGUUGCUGCUGCUGAAUCCUUGGUGGAUUCCAAUGAAGUUGCUGUUAUUGGCUUAUUCAAGGACUUGGAGUCAGAACUUGUCAAACAGUUCACAUUGGCUGCAGAGUCCAUUGAUGAUAUCCCAUUUGGAAUCUCUUCCAACAGUGAUGUGUACUCCAAAUACCAAUUUGAUAAAGAUGGCAUUAUCCUCUUGAAGAAGUUUGAUGAAGGUCGAAACAAUUUUGAAGGCGAGAUUACCAAGGAGAACCUAUUGACUUUUGUUAAUUAUCACCGGCUGCCCUUGGUCAUUGAGUUCACUGAGCAGACGGCCCCCAAAAUUUUUGGAGGUGAAAUCAAGACUCAUAUCCUGCUGUUCCUGCCAAAGAGCGUUUCUGACUAUGAUGACAAACUGAAUAACUUCAAAAAAGCAGCAGAAAGCUUCAAGGGGAAGAUCCUGUUUAUCUUCAUUGAUAGUGAUCACACUGACAACCAGAGGAUCCUUGAAUUCUUUGGCUUAAAGAAAGAGGAAUGUCCAGCUGUCCGCCUUAUCACUUUAGAAGAAGAGAUGACCAAGUACAAGCCUGAAUCAGAUGAAUUAACUGCAGAAAAGAUAAAGGAGUUCUGUGACCGAUUUUUGGAGGGCAAAGUUAAGCCUCAUUUAAUGAGCCAGGACCUACCUGAUGACUGGGACAAGCAACCUGUUAAAGUACUAGUUGGGAAGAACUUUGAGGAAAUUGCUUUUGAUGAAAAAAAGAAUGUCUUUGUAGAAUUCUAUGCUCCCUGGUGUGGUCACUGCAAACAGUUGGCUCCCAUUUGGGACAAAUUGGGAGAGACUUAUAAGGAUCAUGAAAGUAUAGUCAUCGCCAAGAUGGACUCAACAGCUAAUGAAGUAGAAGCAGUUAAGGUCCACAGUUUCCCCACAUUAAAGUUCUUCCCUGCAAGUGCUGACAGAACGGUAAUUGACUACAAUGGAGAGAGAACACUAGAAGGUUUCAAGAAGUUCCUAGAGAGUGGUGGAUUAGAUGGGGCAGGGGAUGAUGAUGAUCUAGAAGACUUAGAAGAAGCUGAAGAGCCAGAUAUGGAAGAAGAUGAUGAUCAAGUAGCUCCAAAAGAUGAACUGUAAAGAGAACUAAGCUGACAUAUCCCCAAAACAAGACACUACAUUAUGGGCUGCUUCAACCAAGCAGCAAAUGCAUCUGGAAACUUGUAAGAUUCACAACUGAAGGAGAGUGUUCAUUGAAAAUCCAGGGAGGUUUUUUUUUUGUUUUGUUUUGUUUUUGUUUUGUUUUUUAGUAAUACUUCAUUCUAACAUGUAUGUAAAUUCAAAUGUCCUUUCCUUUUUGCUUUUCAAUUUUUGAAAAGUGAGUUACCUUUAACAGCCCAGAUCAUUUGGUGAGCCUCCUAUUCUUUCAGGGGAAGGGGUGGGGGAAGUGAUGUUUUUUUUGAGGUUUUUUUUUUUUUUGUACAAUUUUUUUGUCACACGUUUUUUUUUUUUUUUUUUUUUUUUGGUUUGAAGCGGGUUGUAAAAAGUUAAAAGCAUGAGUGUCGUCAUUAAUAACCAUUUUAGUGUCUGCCACACUCAUAUCUCCCAUGAAAAUUGUCAUCCCUUUUUUAAAAAAAUCCUGCCUGUAGGGUUUUUAAACAUAUUUGAUAAUUCCACAUGUCAGAGUGUCAGAUGGCAGUGUCACUCACCUUUUAGCUAGUUCUCCCUGGAAUUGACCAUUCCUCAAUCUGGGGAGGAGCAACCACUAAGCUAAAUGCAAGGACUCUUCCCUUCACACCAGUGUUAUUAUGGCUGAAUGUCCUUGUAUUUUGCUUUAAAAACACUUUUUUAAUGCUCUGGAGUUAGAUAGGACUAUGCCAUCGUUUUUUUUUUUUUGUGACAACAAUCAUUGGUGAAGGGGAAGAUAGUUUCUAGCUUCCCUACUUAGACAGAAGUAGUAUCACCUUCCCUGUUAUGAUACAGGGUUUUGUUCCACAACUUUCUGGUGCAUUGCUCUGUGAAUGUUGGAUUCUUUUCCAAGUGUAUAAGAUGAGUUCCAAGGCCUACUUGAUGCAGUAAACCAGGACACUUAUGAUCAUUGGGAAUUGGGAAGGGCAGUUGUGUGGGCAUGGGUCAAGGAUGUUUGAGCUCAAUCAGACUUGAUAACACUUUAAACAUUUCCACUAUAAUGUUGGAACUGAACACAUUGGCCAAAUAAAGUUGAAAUUUUAAUA